AUGAUGAUGAUGAUGACUACUAAUACCUUAUCUGUAAUCACCGCCACCGUCGCCGCCACCGCCGCCGCGGCGGCGACAAGUGCAAGACGGAGGGGAGAAGAGAAUAGCAUUGUUUUGAGAGUGUUAUUGUGUAAGAAGAAAAGUUGCGGUAGGGUUCGGAUCACAAAUGUGGAAGGAACAACUGCAACUGCAAUGAUUAAGAAACAUGGUGAUGAUGAUGAUGAUGACGACGAAGACCCUUUUAAGAAGUAUCUACACUACUUUGAGACUUGGGAUGACCCUGCUUCGGAUGAGGAACGGGAUCCGAUGGAGUCCUUUCCUGGGCCACUCCAUGAAUUGGACGGGAAGAUCCGCAGGGCUGAGAGACGUUUUAAUGCCGCAAUGACGCCAAUUCAGCGCUUGAGCUUUGCUACACAUCCAAAUAGGCCCACGUUUGUUGAUCACCUUUCUAUGGUUCCAUACAGAGUAGACCUCGGAGAUGAAGCUAAUGAUCCCCCAAUCCUGACAGCUCUCGGGAUGAUCAGAGGUGAACUUUAUCCAGCCAUUAUGACUGUUUUGACAAUCUUCCGUGGUCAACACUACGUGUUCAUUGGUUAUCAUCAUAAAGCUGCUAGUAACAUGACUACUUCCCAACAAGAAAAGAGGAAGAAAAAGAAUCGUAGGAACAAAAAGGAGAAGAAUAUUAAGCAUACUGUUGCCAUCCCGACUCCACGUUGCUACAAAAGGGCUUUGCUAAUGAUGAAAUAUGCUGAACGUUAUGGUUUCCCCAUUGUCAAUUUUGUUGACACCACAAGUGCAUUUCCUGGUUUAGAAUCCGAGGAACUUGGACAGGAAGAAGUAAUAACACAUGACUUGAGGGUAAUGUUUGGCUUGAAAGUUCCUAUUAUAACCAUAGUGACUGGAGAAGGUGGUUCAGGUGGUGUUCUUGCAAUGGCUUGUGCCAACAAAUUACUAAUGAUGGAAAACUCUGCAUUUCAUGUUAGGAGUUUGGAAGCGUGCAGUGAGAUGAUGCAAAAAUUAUCCUCAGGAGCUCGAGAGGAAGCUGAAAUGUUGAGCAAUGUUACCACUCCAGAACAUUAUAGGCUUAGGAUUGCAGGUGGUGUCAUUGAGGAAGCUCAUGGUGGGGCUCAUUACAAUCCUUUAAUAAGUUCUCUCUUUAUUUUAAUGUCAAUUCGAAAGGUUAUGAAGGAAUUAAAACAAAUGGAUGCUGCAGAGUUGAUUAGCCACCGUAUGCUCAAAUUUCACGAAUUAGGAGAAAAGCCAGCUCUGAUAAAUGUGCAAAAGACAGCUGUUGAGAUAGAAUCUCAGCUUGAAGAACUAAAGAUGAAAAUCAUAAAGGCCAAAGGAAUCGUUGUUCCGACACCAACCCAUUGGGAAGCUGAAAAGCUGAGCAGUGUUACCGCUCAAGAACAUUAUAGGCUAAGGAUUGCAGGUGGUGUCAUUGAGGAACCUGAUGGUGCGGCUCAUGACAAUCAUCCAAUAAGUACUGUCUUUAUUUUAAAUGCAAUUCGAAAGGUUAUGGAGCUUAGGUAUCUCAUUGUUCAGGAUGACAUUUGGAAUGUUGAGGCAUGGGAGUGCAUAAAGCAAUCAUUUCCUGAUGACAACAAUGGAAGUCGGAUUAUUUUCACUAGCCGGAUUCAUAAUUUUGUGUCACAAGCAAAGCCGAUCAAUAGCAGUAUCCAUCCUCUUCGGCCACUUUCUGAUGGGGAGAGUUGGGAUUUAUUGGAAGGGAAACUAUCGCGUCACCAUGGCUUCCCUCUUGAUGAAGAACUAUCAAAUAUAGCUAAACAUAUUGCGAAAAAUUGUAAAGGGUUGCCUCUUUCAGUGGUUUUAGUUGCGGGUAUUCUAGCAGGAAAGGACAGAGAAUUCUGGAAGCAUAUUGAAUGUGGUACAAGUUCACAAGCUCUCAGUGAAGAGUUCAUGGAUGCGAAGACUAGAGAUGAAAACAUUCUACCUUGGGUGAAUGACAAUGAUGUAGUUGCUUCUGGUUCUUCCCAAAAUCCCGGAAACUCAGAGAACUAUGUUGGCCUGUGCAUUGAUGCACACCGGACCAAGUUUGUUGAUAUCAAAUCUACAAGUCCAUUCAUCCGGUCUCUAGUUCUCAUUCGUGGUCAAUGGUACACGAAUGCAUGUCUUUCGACCAUUUUUAACAGCUUUAGACUUCUAAAUGUGUUGGACUUGGAGAGCAUUGUUAUUGAUGGCCCUUUUCCUGAAGAGUGGCCUGACUCAUCUCGAAUCACUGAAUGUGGAAGGCCGUGGCGUAGCGUGAAAUGGAAUAGAUUCCUAGCUUUUCCGUGUAGCCUCAAAAAAUUGACACUGGGCAGCUUCUACUUUCCCUGGAGUGAAAUCUCAAUGAUGAAGGAGUUGCCUAAUCUGGAGGUGCUCAAGUUGAGAUGGAGUGCAUUUUCAGGAGAAAGUUGGCAUGUGGAAGACGGCGAGUUCUUGAAGCUCAAGUACUUGGAACUCGAUCACUCGGACAUUGAAGAAUGGAGUGUCGAAGAUGAUCCAUUCCCUAGCCUUGAACAGCUUAUACUGAUGAAAUGUACCCGGCUUGUUGGGAUUCCAUCCUGUUUAGGUUACAUUACAACCUUGAAAAAGAUAGAGAUGCAUGAGGGUGACCGAGCCUCGAGUUCUGCCAGGGAAAUUUACAAAGAACAGCAAGAUAUGGGAAAUGAUUUCCUCGAAGUUGUGAUUGAUGGAGAAUCGCCUGAUUCGUCUCGAAUCGCUCUGAAUGUGGAGCGCGAUAUUAUGGUACCCAAAUUGCCUGGGUAA